UAGAAGUCAAUAGGAAUAUUGAAACUAUUUCUAUCAAUUUUGUAAAUGGUCAUGUAGUGUUCACAAAGUUUUGAAAGGAAAGACAUUUAUUAUGUUAGGUGUGUGAUUCCAUAGUGAAAUGGAGCAAAUUGUUUGGGAAAGGAUAAGGUUUUUACAUAAAAAUGUUCAGGAUUCUUAUUCCUGGUGGGUAAAAAAUGGAGAAAAUUAAAUGACUUUACAGGCACAAAAUUUAUUUGACAUAAAACAAACUUGUUUUAUCAAAACGACACAAAGCAUAUGCUGACAGAUUUUUGAAAAAAGGUCCUUUUGUCAAAUAAAUUUUGGAUGCCCGUUGAGUCGUUAAAUUUCACCAAAGAAAAGCAAGCCUUAGUAAAACACUUCCUAAGCAGAACAAAAAUAAUUAGCAAAAGUACUUUUCAGACUUGUUUAUUCUCUUCUUUUCAACGAGAGUUUUCAACAUUAGAGAGGUUAAAACUUAUUAAUUUAAUUAAGGAUAUGCUGUCAUGAACUUGGGUGAGGGUAAUAUUUUGGAAUUUGUUGCACCUACCAACAGGAGCAGACUCUCCCAGGCUCUGAACCAAGAAGCUAGCAACACAGGCCCAUCGAAAUCGGGGGGCUGGAGCCUUCCAAUAAUUGUCAAGCUGUAGUUUGUCUCCUUUAUAACAGUACACUGUAUGAGAUGGAAAACAAUGGACAGCACCCCUGUGUUUGCGUACACAAAUUUUUGAAUAUGCAUUCACAUUUUUUUAAACUGCAUGGGCCAUAGAUUUCCUGUGUGACAGUCCUCUUUUCCCCAGAAAGAACACUGAUCAGUUCUACAAUCCUUGCCAAAAUUGUUGGAACACUUGUGCAAAGCUGAAGCUUUUUUGAAAAAUCCCCCCUACCCCCCAUUACAAUGUUAUUCAAUUGGGCUGUUUUGAUCCUGAAGGUAAAAAUUUCUUCACUGAAAGCUGUAUGAAAGUAUUGAGAAGAUAAAUCAACAUUGUACGGGGGGAGGGGGUCGAAAUUUUUGAAGCGGCAGUGAUAUUUUUGUGAGGUAGUUUUAGACUUUCUUUGUUUAUUUGCAUGCUGCAAUGGGAAUGCGUUCCAGUUAUUUUUGGCAAGGAUUGUAGUUCAUUGAUGAAGACCUGAAGAGUCUCGUUUGGGUAUAAUUCCAAAGGAGGUCAGUUUCUACAUUAGUAUGGCGGAGAUGCUAGGACAGAAAGCUUAUAAAUUUGGCAAGGAAUGCAAAAACUGACGAAAAACAUACCUAUCUCAAAGUGAUGUCAACGUAAGUGUGGCACCAAAAUCCAAUCAUUAUCAUAACCAAUCAUAACAGAAGAAACAACUAGGAGACAAACAGAAACAAAUAUAAACGACUAUGAAAUAAGCAGAAAUUGAAUUGCAAAACAUUUCAAGAAUGUUUUGGCACAAAGCAUCACAUCUAUUGCGAAAUGCUGCCCAAAGGAACAGACAUUGCUUUCUUAGCUCAAAAGCAAAUUCUGAAUUUAUUACUUACUUGAAAAACAGAAUAAAGAUCGCAGGACCAAUCUCUGUUGCUGCCUACAUGAAAGAAGCUUUAACUAACCCAAAAUGGGGCUAUUACAUGAAGAAAGAUGUCUUUGGUAAAUCUGGUGAUUUCAUCACAUCUCCAGAAAUAAGCCAGAUGUUUGGUGAGAUGUUGGGAAUUUGGCUAUUGAAUGAAUGGCUCCAAGCAAAACAGCCACAAAAUGUGAAGCUAGUAGAACUAGGGCCAGGAAGAGGUACAUUAAUGGCAGAUAUCCUUAGGGUUUUCAGGCAGUUCAAAGUUGGCCGCGAUGCUUUGUCAGUUCAUUUGGUCGAAGUAAGCGAGAAAAUGAGGCAGAUGCAGCGAAAACUGCUAUGUGGCAUUCAUGAAUCAAACAAGAACUUUGAAAAUGCGACGUCGAAGUACAAUGAUGUUGAAGUUCAUUGGUAUAGUAAUAUCAAGGAUGUUCCAACAGGGUUCACCAUGUACAUCGCUCACGAAUUCUUCGAUGCACUGCCAAUUCAUGUAUUUAAGAGAACAACAAAUGGUUGGAGAGAAGUUUUAGUUGAUGCUGACAAUGCAGGUCUGCAGUUGGUGGUUUCUCCUGCUGCAAACCCCCUGUCAGAGUUGCUUAUACCUAAAGAAGCAGUCAUUGAUGAGUAUGAAGUCUGCCCAACAGCUGGGGUGACUAUUGAACAUAUGUGCGGUGUUAUUCAGACUCAUGGUGGGAGCAGCCUCGUAGUUGAUUAUGGAAAAGACGGACCGUCCCGGAAUUCGCUAAGAAGUUUUAAAGAGCACAAGUUGAUAGAAGAUAUUUUCAAAUACCCAGGAGAUGCAGAUAUAACGGCUAAUGUGGAUUUUGCUUUUCUCAAGAGAAUGUGCCAUAAUAAAGUGCAGCUGUUUGGGCCAGUGACGCAAUCAAUGUUUCUGAAAGCUAUGGGAAUUGAAGCACGAUUCAAGGUUUUAAUGCAAAACGCAAAUGAGAAACAAGCUAAAAAUUUGAAAAGUGCUUUUGACUACCUCGUCAGUGAAGACAAGAUGGGUGAGAAGUUUAAAGUGUUCGCCUUCAGUCAAGAUGGAUCAGCCAGACCCGCUGGAUUCUGAAUGCAUCACGUUUGCGAUUCGAACUUUAUAAUAUAUUUAUAAUUUUUGCCUUUUAUAAUUUAAUCAUUUGAUUGAAAAUUGUAUCAGACUUGAUAUUCUUGUUCAAAGAGUUUACAUCGUGUCAUUUUCGUAACCGAGAACGAUCUGCUAGAAAUGAGAAACCAUUCUGCAUUAGACCGAUUAUCUGUUGAUUUAAGGACAUCAAAAGUUUUUCCUUAAAAACUCAAAUUGUUACAAAGAAAGUCACAAUCUUUUUUCAAACAGCAACCCUUUGUUAGUCUGUGACUAUUCUUAUAGAAUUUUUCUUGAGAAUAAUCUUUCAAUUGUGGCCCUUAGCUCACAGUAGCGUCUGAUGGAAUACUCGAAGACUUUGGCAAUAUUAAUACUGCUUUGCGAAAAAUCUUAAUACAAUCACAAUAUUGACAAUUUAAGUGCUAAAUAAUCGUAAUGAUAUACAUAUGUAAGUAUGUAAACUAUUUUGCAAAAGAAUUAAAUAAAACAUUAAAUCCACCUUUUAUGGAUAGAACUUGAGUAACCCCCAAUUUAAAAAGGGCGCCACAUUAAAAAAUAUUUGGAUUUAAUACCUUGCCUUGUAGAUGUGGCCAAGUAUGGGAUAGAUUGCCCAGGAAAUAAAUUCCUCCCAACUUUACAAAUAUUCAAGAAUAAUGUUUCAGAAUUUUCAUCGUUUGAUUGCUCAACUUUGCAAGCAAUUCAUAUGCAACAGUGGUUAUGUACGAUGAAUAUUAUGCGAUGGUAAUUCAAAUUACUUGAUUUUAGCUAGCUUAAUGUAGCUAUAUAUUUACUUACUUAAAAUAAGAAGAAGAAGAAAUUCUGAAUUGUGUCGCACCGCAGAGUUUGGAUGCCUUUCUUGGUGAGUCAGUGCCGCUGAACCACUGCUACGCUGUUGUCUGUUUUUCGUCUUUCGAGAUAGCCUUUAAAAAAGUAUACCAAUGGAUUGAGGGUGGAAUUCAGGAAGAGCAUUAGUCUCGAUAUUGUGUACUCUUCAGGAUCUGCACUCACUGUAACUAGGUACUGGAUUGCAAAAGGAUACGAGCAAAUGAUAAAGGUAAAAUUUAUGAGGCAACAUGUGUAGAAUAUAUGUCUUUCUUUCUUGAAAUCCUCGCAGAAGAAAGAGUUAACGAUUUGCCCGUGAGUCGCUCCUUGGCUGUUCAACAUAGUCCUACGUGCACAUGAUCUAUGAACAAUGUACAUGUAAACUACCGUCAUGAAAAGACCGAAUGCGAUGAUAGAAACCGCAGUAGAAUAGAGAAGUACUUGUUCCUCAAUUUUCUGUUUAACGGACAGGUACAGAAGGGCGAUUGACUUGCCAACUUCCAAUAACCAUAUCAUUCCGAUGAUUGCGUUUGUAUUCACAACAGAGCUACGGACGUGAUGUUUUAGUGGAUAUUUUACGGCAAGGAAUCUGUCCACGGUGAUAACAAACAGAUUUACGAUGGAAAGCAUGACAGAUGACGAAAGUAAGAUGGAAAAUAUGUCUUCGCCUAGAAGCUCCUGCUCACCUGAAAUCGAUAUAUCAAAUAUUUUGUAUACUGUAACAAGAAAAGCAACUAACAAGUCAGAGAACGCUAGACUGACAAGGAACUUUUCGUGAAAUUUUAGUUUUUUCCGACCUCUUAAAAUGAAAACAAUGGCGAGGAAGUUUAGAAUAAAAGUUAUAGACCCUAGGACUAUGUAUAUUGAUUCUGACGUUUUUGGCGAAAUUUCCUUCAUGCUUUGUUCUUAGUCCUGGGAAAAGUCGUUGCUUUAUAUCCGGUCGCAAGCGUUGGCCUUGAGUAUGUUACCCACUGUAAACUGCGAAUGGAGAUACUGCCCAAGAUUUCAAAGUCCCAGAGUAAAUCCGUCUAGAGGUACUCACGUAAUUAUCUUCAAUGUCUCAGAAUAGUUCCAAAUUACAUUGCCUAUUGCUGGUAGUUUUCAGAAAUUCCAGAUCCUCAAAGAAUGUCUUGAUGUGGCAUAUGCAUCACCUUGCCAAAGCACUCGUUUUAGGUAAAAAGCCACGUGACUCGCAAAAAUUAAGCAAUUAUUUCAGCGUGCUUUUUGGUAGGGAAUUUGUCCCGUUGCUCGCCGCCUUCUUUCACUUUUUUCCAAAUGACUUGAGCUUGACUACCUCUCGCUGUUCAUCGCGACCUUUUUUAUAUGUGCGGUGACGUCAUAUUACCAUGUUCACCGGCACUUUCCAUGAAUAUUGACAGAAUCCAAAUUUGUUCUGCUUAUGAACCCAGAGCCACAUAACUCCCAGUUGUUUGAUAAAAAGCUGGCUUUGUGCGCUUUUCUUAAUUACUCUGUCUAUGCGAGUACAUUUUUCAAUCACACAUUUCACUCUAUUGUGCAAAAUAAACACAGAUGUUUGCUGAUUGAUUAAAAUACAACGAUUUUGAAUCUGUUCUGUUGUGAUGAUUUAGUUUUGAUGUUAAUUGUACAGAUAGUUUGCAUGAAAUGAGCUGGAAAUAGCAGUUCAGCGCGGAAUGUGGAAGCUAUGGAAACAACAACAGCACUCACUCAACUCUGAUUCGGCUAAUUAAAGAGUGGAGGCUUAUGUUUUAUGAUGUUGUCUAAUUAAUUUGCAUAUAUUGACAAACUUAAUUCUGAAAAACUUUUAGAUCACGAUUUAUCGAAAGACAUGAAUUUUGUUUCUAUCAAUUAGAAAAAACAACAUAUAACAUAACACUCACUGCACGAAUUGAUCAGAAAUAUGGUAAGGAUUCACCCACCCAAACAUAAACUGGCUUGUUGAGGGAGAGGGCUGAACUCCCAAAACGGAUUUUUACCAUGGGACUUAGCCCCCGAUUCCCCAUAUGUAUGUAAGUAUAAUUUUGCCAUCAAAUAAAUUACAAUUUAAAAUUAAGAAAAAAAUCUUAUUAAUGAUAUAUACAGAAAAAAUAUUUACAGAAAAAAGUCAAAAACGUAGACUAAAAACACUCCGGGUUAAAAAUGGCAGGGAUAGCAUUAAAAAGGUCAAUACGAUCUUAUUUCCAAAAUGGUCCCACCUAAGGUGUUAUAAAAAAGAAAUGUGUUCAUGAAAAAUGGAUUUUGCAUCCAAAACUUGAAAAAAGUAAUUCUGAAAAAUGUUAACUAGAACCUUUUCGUUGGCUGACUUUGAGUUUUCGAUAAAAUAUGUAGGGUACCCUUUGGUAUUUGCUUAGAUUCUUCCAUAUACGAAGCAAUCCUUUCUAGAGCAUUUACCUUUUUUCGAGCUUCUUUGCAAAAGUUAUUAUUAUGUAUUUCUAAUCUAAGUUUUUGGUCCGAUCUUAUUCUUAAUAAUUUAACACUCUUACUUUCUUGAAUAGCACAACCAUUUAUUAGAAUGUUGGAUUUCUUUAAAUCGGAUCGGUUUACUUAAAAAGUUAUAACCUUGCUUUUAUCACUUGCUUUUAGCACAAUCAUAGUACAAUGAAAAGCUCACAAAACAAUUUAUUAAGUAUAGCUGCUUCUGAUUCUAAGUCCACAGUUCAUUCAUAUUAGUACUUGACAUCCUAAUUGUAUUGUCAACUACGUAUUUGCACAGGUUGCUUUGUGAAGACAGCGCUUCACGUAAGGACUGCCUUAUUCAUUUUAACCAAACAUAUUCUUUUGCUUUAUGCACCGAAAAGCUAACAGUAGACGUUCGGAUUUAAGAUUGAAUAACAGCGUAAAUAUUUCGUAAGCUCCGUUUGAGAUUAAUUUUCAUGGCCACACUUUCUUACAUGCAAUAGAAUACGACGUGUUUAUGUUGAAUUUAGAGUGGCAUAAUGAAUGGGUGUUACCCCCGUUGAAAUAGCCAAACUAGCUCUUUCUAAGACUGUGUUAAAACGAUGAUAUAAGAAAGAAGGGAGUACGCUGCUCAAAUCCAUCACAUGGCUUCCUUUUACUUGGCCAAACUCUCGCAAAUUGUUAAUCAAUCAUGGCAUAGCUGAUGAUAAGUGCUAGUUUGCUGUCUAGGUGAAUUGAUUUUUUCUAAAUCUGAAAAUAUUAAUGGCUGGACGUGUGGGUAUGAUCCCCGUUUCAUACCAAUAUGGUACUGACUUAUUUGUUAAUCUUUUUAAAAGUGAACAGCUUAUCAAAAUUGUCUCCCCCCUACAACCCCCCCCCCCCUCCGCCGCGAAGCAUGCCUCUGGACCCCUUGCGCUUUUAGAAAACAUUCCACCACUGUGAUGGGUUCUCUCAUAGGGUGAAAAAAUAAAUGCUUGUAUGAUUUAAAGAGGGGAGUGUUUGUUAUCUCUAUGCCAUCAUAGGUACUAGAAAGUUUUUUUGCUAGCAAAGUGCCAGGCUUUAAUUGUUAUUAAGGAAUAGGAUCAUAUUGUUUAAUAUCAUAUCAUAAAAUAAAUCAUAUCUUAUCAUUUCACUUGAAUAUCAACUAACAUUCAAACUUUAAACUUUUGCUUUCACAAUUCUUGUGAUUAUAUUUUUAUUUGAGGUCACCUCUAAAACUUCAUAUUGUAUAGCAUGGUUAAUAUAACAGCAUGAUUUGAACCCUUAGAUGGAACUAGUAAUAUUGUCCAUUCUAGCAGUACUCUUCAGCAUAGGUACUUUUACCAAAAGUACUACACACACCCUUCAUUCAAAAAAAACAUUUUGAAGCAUGUAAGUAAAGCUUUUCGUCUGACACUCUUCAGAGUUUAAAACCUCAGAAUACAGAUCGAAAACUUUACGCUAGGAAAUACAUAUACCCAGUUGUGGAUCGAGUUAGGCCAAUCAGAAACGCGAGCACAUGACUGUUGAGGUUGCCCAAUCAAUGCUGCUUGCCUGAGUCCUAAGGUGAAAACGAGCUCUUUCUGUCUACACAAAAGCAGUUUUUUCGUGUUUACGUAAAUAGAUUCCAAAACUGCUAGAUGGAACGACGAUCGGGCUUUACCAAUAAUCCGAAACAUGUCGUCAUUAUAGUUUUUAGCACAAUCUUGGUUUUCAAGUGAAUGCUGUACGAUAGCAGAAUCUUAUGUUGUAGUUGUCGUUUUUGAUCUGCAAGACCGAGGUGGCUGUUCUCUUUGAUAAGGACGAGUUUUGUUUCUAAUACCAGAAGGAACAUGUUUUUUUUCUAUCUUUCAAUCUUUGGGUUGUGCAUCCUACUUAGUGUAAUAUGGAAAAUUGGGGCAGAUUUACUUCGUGUCAGUGAAAAGAAUUACAAGAAAAGACGACAUUGACGAGCGGCUUAUCCUCUCCUUUCAGUUAUCAUCUACGCAGUCUUUCCAGGCUAUACUUCACUUUUCAUCAGCUGAAUCUGUAAUACACAUCCUCGGUUCUCCGCGAACCCAAAUUUGUCGACGAGGCACAGCACAGUCUUGCUCAAGUACUGUCUGUCCUAAACGUACAGCAACGAGGCCCAGUGGGUCCUCCGACUUUCUUUUUUGUCUUUUUCAGGCUCUAAUCAAGAGCUAUCUUUGCUGGAGUAUAAUAAUAAUAAUAAUAAAAAAAAUAACAAUGGUACAAUCGAACAUAUCCACUACAAGUGUGGCUCUUCUACUCUAAAAUUAAAAGCAAAGUCAAAUUACAGGUUCUGGUUACUUUUAGUUCUGGUUGGCUUGUAAUUUUGCUCAAGAGAUCUAGUUCAUCAUCAUCAUCUAAGAUUUCUUCCAAUUCUUCAAAGAGUUUUUUACGAUCAACAGUGUCGAAGGCUUUGGACAUGCCUAAUAGUAGGAGAUAUAACUUAUAAUCGUUUGAUAGAAUGGCUUUUUCUGCUAAAGUUUUCACGGCAAACACUUGUUCAGUGGUGCUUCUCCCAGGUUGGUAUGCAUACUGUUCUAGUGGUAUAUGUUUUUCUAGACUGUUCCAUGUUCUUCUGAUAAAGCAAAUUGUAAAGAUUUUUCGUAUGAUGGAUAAUAGGAUGAUGGGCCUUAGGUUAACAACAGGACCUCUUUGCUUUCCAGGUUUCUGUAAUGGUUUUCAGAAUCCAAAUGUACGUUCAGUGAUCGUUUUCCCUGUUUCAGC